AGCCGGAAGCGCCUUGGCUACCAGACACGGUACCGGCGCGUGGGUCCCUACUGGGGAGAUUGGGUGGCGGGACCGCGGCGGCGGUGAGUGUUGGUGACUCGGACACCGGAGUCCUGCGCCGCCAUGCUGACCCCCGCAUUCGACCUCAGCCAGGACCCGGACUUCCUGACCGUCGCCAUCCGCGUGCCCUACGCCCGGGUCUCCGAGUUUGACGUCUACUUCGAGGGGGUAGACUUCAAGUUCUACGCCAAGCCGUACUUUCUCAGAUUAACCCUUCCUGGAAGAAUUGUAGAAAAUGGAAGUGAACAAGGAUCCUAUGAUGCAAAUAAAGGAAUUUUUACCAUUCGAUUGCCGAAAGAAACCCCUGGCCAGCAUUUUGAGGGGCUGAACAUGUUAACUGCUCUUCUGGCACCGAAAAAAUCCAGGACUGCCAAACCACUUGUGGAAGAAAUAGGUGCUUCUGAAGUUUCUGAGGGAGGAGUAGAAGAUGAGGAUGAAGAGUUCGACUGGGAAAUUGAACAGGCCCCCUAUGAAGAGGUACCAGAAAGUUCUCUGAAUCUGCAGUGCCACUAUGGAUUUGGAAACUUAAGAUCUGGAGUGUUUCAGCGGUUACAGGAUGAAUUGAGUGAUGUUAUUGAUAUUAAGGAUCCGGAUUCCACUCCUGCCGCUGAACGAAGACAGAAACGCCUAGCUGCUGAGCUGGCCAAAUUUGAUCCUGAUCAUUAUCUAGCUGACUUUUUUGAAGAUGAGGCUGUUGAGCAGGUGUUGAAGUAUAAGCCUUGGUGGAUUGACAUACAUUCAAAAAUGAUGGCCUCUUUGGGAAAGAGUCAGGGGCAAGAAAAUCCUGCUGCUUUAGUGUCUUUUUCUGAAGAAGAGAAAUAUCAGCUGCGAAAAUUUGUCAACAAGUCUUACCUACUGGACAAGAGAGCUCUCCACCAAGUGUACUACAGUUUGAUUGAUAUCCUUAUGGCAUAUUGCUACGAAACUCGUGUCACCGAAGGCGAGAAGAACGUUGAAUCUGCAUGGAACAUUAGGAAACUGAGUCCCACACUGUGCUGGUUUGAGACUUGGACUAAUGUUCAUGAAAUCCUGGUGUCCUUUGGAAGGAGAGUUUUAUGCUACCCUCUUUAUCGCCACUUCAAGCUGGUGAUGAAAGCUUACAGAGACACUAUAAAGAUCUUGCAACUAGGUAAAAGUGCAGUUUUAAAAUGUCUGCUGGAUGUUCACAGAAUUUUUCAGGAGAACGACCCAGCUUACAUUCUGAACGAUCUCUACAUCUCAGACUACUGUGUGUGGAUUCAGAAAGCCAAGUCCACUAAGUUGGCGGCUCUUGCAGAGGCCUUAAAGGAAGCGUCCCUGACAAAGGCCCAGCUGGGAUUAGAGCUGGAAGAGCUGGAAGCCGCGGCACUGCUUGUCCAGGAGGAAGAAACCGCGUCGGGAGCAGGCUGUGCUGGGUCCAGGCCGCAGACCCCACCCUGCAGUUCGGAGGCUGGGGACGCCGAGGAUUCAGACAGCUCCACAUCUUGUGAGACUGAGGGCUCGGACUCCGAACAAGGGGAGCUCUCAGGUAGUGAGCCUGAGACAGCCCGUUCCUUGCAGGGUCCCCUUCUCCAGGAACACGGUCACCUGCUUAUUGAUGAUGGUGGGGUGUUCAGAGACUCAGCCGUCGAGAGCUCUGGUGGCGGUCUGAGAAAGCCACCCGCAUCCUCCCAGGCUCCUGGAGGCUCUGGGCCGCUGAUAGAGGAGCUUGGCGAGCGACUGAACUUGACGGUUCAGGUGUCCGGACCCGAGGAGCCCACCGCAGCAGGCGCCAGCAGCGAGCAGGGCCGAGGUGACUGGCAGACGCCAAGCGAUUGACUCCGCGUGGUUUUCCUCACUGCUGAGAAGUAUGGCGGGUUUGUUUUCCUUCUGGAUCAAGAAUCCAUUUUCGCUGUGUCCUUUUUCUUAGGGUAUGCAACACUUUUCCAGCGAGCUUACAUCGAUCCCUGUUGGUUUCCUUGUGACAACUUUGAAAGUAAAGUUCUAAAGUAUUUUCACCAAAGUAUCAUUAUUGAAGAUGAAAUAACAGUUGUGCCAGAAUCUGUAGGAUGCAGAGCCCGUUCAUAGAUUUGUCUUUUUAAGUAAGCUCUACACCCAACGUGGGGCUUGAACUCACAACCCUGAGGUGUGGUGUUGCACACUCUACCGACUGAGCUAGCCAGGAGCCCCCAUUAAUAUUGUUAUUAGCCCCACCGAGGUGUACUUGACACACAAUAAACUUCACGUAUUUCAAGUGUACAUUGUGGUAACUGUUGACCUAUAUAUACACACAUAUAUACACACACACCAAAUGAAGUCAUCACUGCAGCCAGGAUUCUAUACUUACCCAUCAUUUCCAAGUGCCCUUGUGUCCCCUGGCUACUCCUCUCCCUGACCCCCACUACCGCCCGCCCCUCCAUUCCCCAGCAAGCAUUGAUUUGCUCAGACACCGUCUGUUAGUGUGCCUCUCCUAGGAUUUAAUGUAAAUUGAAUCAUGUAAUAUGUACUCUUUUCUAAAUUAGGCUCAUUUCACUCAGUAUGAUUUUUUUCAGAUUCAUCAAUGUAGCACGUAUUAAGAGAACUUUUUUGGUUUUUGUUUUUUCCUGUAUCUGAGCAGUAGUUCCUUGGAGAGAUUUUUCCAUUCACCUACUGAUGGACAUUUGGGCUGUUUCCAGCUUCUGGCUGCUCCAAAUAAAGCUGUUAGGAACA